AUGGCACCAUGUUGGCAGUGCAAUGCGUCUGCUUCGGUGAAGAGGUCAAAGGAUGGUAAAUAUGCCUGUGUCGUUUGCUUCACUGAUGCCUUCGAAGCGGAAGUGCAUAACGUGAUUAAAAGUUACGGUUUAUUCGGCAAGGGUAAAAAAAUUGCUAUUGGAGCGUCAGGUGGUAAAGACUCGACAGUACUAAUUCAUGUAUUAAAUAAACUAAAUCAAAAACAUGAUUAUGGAUUGGACAUCAUUCUGCUUUCAGUCGAUGAAGGAAUCGCGGGUUACCGUGGUGAUUCGCUAAAAGCCGUUGAAAGAAACAGAAAUGAUUAUGGAUUACCGUUGGUUGUAAUGUCUUAUAAACAACUGUAUGGUUGGACGAUGGAUGAAAUAGUGUCGGCUGUUGGUGCUAGAAAUAACUGCACUUUUUGUGGUGUUUUUCGGAGACGUGCUCUAGACAGGGGCGCAAUUGAGUGUGGAGCACAUAUUAUUGCAACAGGGCAUAAUGCUGAUGAUAUGGCAGAAACAGUGUUACUUAACGUAUUGCGAGGCGAUUUGGCACGGUUACAACGAUGUACUGAAAUUGUAACAGGAUUGGAAGGCUGUUUGCCUAGAACGAAACCUCUAAAAUAUGUCUUUGAAAAAGAUAUUGUGAUGUACGCACACUUCAACAGGCUGGACUAUUUUUCUACCGAAUGUAGAUAUGCACCUGAUUCCUUUCGCAAUUACGUGAGAAUGUAUGUUAGGAAAUUGGAGAGGUUGCAACCGAAGGCGAUUUUGGAUUUAAUAAGAUCCGGCGAGACAAUUUCUGCUCGCAGUGAUGUUUCUCUCCCCGCACUGACCACAUGCGAAAGAUGUGGCUGCAUGUCUUCGCAGAAGCAUUGUAAAGCAUGUCUUUUGCUGCACGGUCUGUUUACGAACGAUUAUAGCUUGGGUAUCAAAAAGGAAACGGUAAAGAAAAGAACAUACACAAAGAAACAUCUCAAAAAAGAAUGUGCCUGCGAGACAAAGAACAAGUUUUGCUUUUGA